GCAGCUGGAAAGAAAAAGGAGAAUUGCUGCUGGAUCCUGUUGUGGGACAGGUAGAGAGGCAUUGUGCCUGUUUUAACACAAAUUGCAUUAACCAUAUAAAAAGAUUAGACUGAUUACAAUGAAUAACAUAAAUGGUCCCCCAUGGCUGGUGUACUUAUCGCUUGCAAAUGAGAUGAAAACCAAAGGAAAUGAGUUUUUUAAAGCUGGUCACUACAUGCAAGCACUUGAUAAAUAUCAGCAUGCCAUUAAUGCUAUGACACACAUUUUGCAUCUUGGUGACUACAGUCAUCAAAUGGCAGUAUUUUGGAAUAACCAUGCUAAUGCCUUGUUCAAACUUAGAAGAUGGCAAGAGGCAUGUUUUUCAGCAUCACAAAGUUUUACUUUUAAUCCUUCUUUUGCUAAGGCGUAUUUCCGUGCUGGACAUUCCUUGCUGAUGUUAAAUAGCAUACAUGAUGCCUUGAACAUGUUUAUGUCUGGCCUUAUGAUCCUUCGGGGCAGCGAGCAAUCCAGAGAUAUAGUAGACUUUCUGCAUGGCGUCUUCAAGACUUUUGAAGCAGGUGGUGGAGACAUUUUUUUCAGAGAAGCAUACAAUGCUGUCUUGAGAGAAGGCUAUAGCAAGGAUGUCUGGAAAAUGCUUAUUUUUAAACUUGUGAAAGAAAAUAUGUAUCAGUCCUGCUUCUUUCUAAUGAAAAUGAAAACCAGACUGCCUAAUGACGUUAAAGACUUGGAUAAAAUAUCACUGGCAGGCAUCUUUGAGACCUUUCUAAAGUCUUCCUCUUUCGGAAAUAUGAGUCGUGUUACAGACCUUGUCAUGUGGCUUGUAAAUAUGGGUGCAGAUGUGGAUACCAUUGGAGAGCAUCCACUUCAUUCUGUCAUAAAGCUCUGCAUGAGAUCAGGUGACAGCAACCUCUUUAAACUUAUCCUAAACAAUAAUUCAGCCAAGAAGAAAUGCAUCAACGAGAAAGACGCAGAUGGGAACACAGUUUUGCAUCUUGUAGCCUCCUUUCCUACAAAUUCAUAUGAUUAUACACCAAAGUGUCAAACACAAUAUGUAAAAAUGCUGCUGAAUUAUGGAGCUGACCCCUGCAUUUCCAACGAGCACAAAAAGGAUGUUGCAGCUAUUCUGAAACAAAAAAAGAAUUUCAGAGCAGAAGAUGCCGUAAAAAAACAUCUGGCAAGCCAACCUCACCUGUUUUUUUCAGUCAGAAGAAGUUACAGGUAUGUGUUUGAUAUAAAAACAGAAAAGAAUAAAACUUCCCUGCAAUAUUUUACUUAUAGUGAGCCGACUCCUGAUCAGAGGAACCGUUGUUGCUGUAUCGCUGGGUCAGUGGCAUCUAGUAUGUCUGAUGAGAGAUCCUCGUUUGCCUUGGCUUUAGAGGGAUUUGUAGAGCUCUGCAAGCAAACCAGUCCUUCAAAUAAAUUUCUUAAACAGCCAACUGUCAAGAGUUUUCUGACUGCAUUAUCUUCAGUGAAAGAUAUUGUAUCUGACGUGACGUGUGACAUACCAGAUUCCAUUUCUGAGCUUCUCAUCACACAGUUAAUACAGCAACACAAGUGGAAAGAGGUUCUUCUUCUGCUAACUAGAGAUGCUAGUGGGGAAUCAAUUCAGGAAGGGUUAAUUAAAACCUGCCAUCUUUCUAAAGUUGAUGUGCACCAUGUGAUCUCUAAUCUUGACCAUACAGUGAAGUAUCGGAUGCCUCUAGUCAAGUUACUUUUGGAACGAGGAGUUUCUCCGAAUGGUAUUGGCGACACGCAUGAACAUCCAAUUUGUACUUGUUUAAAGAGCGAUGAUUUUGCCAUGGCAGCUUUGUUGUUGUGCAACGGUGGAGAUCCAGAUAGUCUUUGCCGAGCUAAAGGAGACAACCCUCUGCACACUGCAGUUUCUAUUGCCUUGAGUAACAAAGAUUCUGAUGGCAUUCUGAUGCUAGUAUACCUCCUGGACUUGUAUUCUUCUGACCCCACAAAAUAUCCACACUUAGACCCCAACAUCCAGGACAAAGAUGGGGAUACAGUGAUGCAUAAAGUUUUUCAGAACAACAAUCCCAAACAAUAUCGCAAGAUAAUGGAUUUGCUUGCAAAAUUUGACAUCAAGCUAACAAUAAACAAUAGACAGGGUAGAGAUGCAAAGUACAGGAUAAAGAAUACAGAUCCACGUUUUAUUGCUUGGAAUGAAGUUAGAAAAAAAUUCAAGCAAACGAGUACUGCUUCAAAGCCUGGUAAGGCCAAUGUAAAUAAUAUACAAGCUAAAAUACAGGCAAAGCCAUCAUCUGUCACUCCCUUGCCCUGUAAGUCUGUGUGUAAUCAAUCUGUAAUGAAGAACCAGUCUUCAUUAUCUGAACAAGUUGAACUCCUAGCAGAAGUUAUUGAAAACACAAAAAGUCCUCUGACCCCAAAGGAGCACCUUGUACAAACGAUCAGAAAACUGAUAAUAUGUCUGGAUCUGAGCAAAGCACAAUCCUUGUUUGGAACUUUGAAACAACAAACAGCUGAACAUCCUCCAGCGGUUAGAAGCACUGAGCUGCCUGUGGCUGGUAUAAGCAGUUGUGAAGAAGGCGAGUCAUUGCUUGAUGGCCCUUUCAUAGAAAUGAAUGGAGAAACUCAACAAAUUCCUGAACUUGACAAUAAUGGAGAAGAAUGGAAUGGAGAACAACUGCAAGAUAUUGACCUUUCUAAUGUAGACUUCAACACCAUGUCAUGGGAGAUUGAAUGUUCUCCAGAAGCCCUGAAAAAAUUAGGCAGCAAGGCUGUACCUUUGUACAUGAAAAAUAAAAUAAUCCUUUCUAUUCAAAAACUUGGAAAUGGGGAAUGGACACGCAGUCUGAAUAAACAGCUGAAAUUGAACAGCAGUAUCAAGUUGUUUGAAGUAAAGUUGGAUAAAGGUGCUAGGCUUCUGUGGGAACUUGCUGUUGAUUUUUCCCCUCGUUGUAGUGAGGAACCAGAGAAAAUGCUGGCCACUGAGUUUGUGUUACAAAAAAGUGGUAGAAUUUACACUGAGAUGAUAAGGAUCUGGGACAUUGUUCUUGAUCACUGCAAGCUAAAUCAUGCUAUAGAAGGCAUAUGUAGUGCUUAUAAUAGAGGACUGUCCUGUAUACUGAGGAAAAAAUUAAAGGGCAUAGCUAAAGAUCAAAUUUUCCCAAAUACAAAAAAGCGUAUCCCCAGAUACUUUGUGGAAGACACCGAAGUGGAAAGCAACACAGAAAACAUUCCUGAUUAUUUUCCACCUGCAAGUGCAGCUGAGACGGAAUACAAUAUUAUGAAGUUCCAUAGCUUUAGCACGGAUAUGGUCCACAAUAUACUUUCCAACAUGAACUCCAGAGUUGAAUAUCCAUUUCGUGUUGGUGAGCUGGAAUAUGCUGUGAUUGAUCUUAACCCAAAACCAAUGGAAGCUAUCAUAUUAAUUGGAAGAAGUGGCACAGGAAAAACAACCUGUUGCCUGUACCGCCUCUGGAAGAAGUUUCAUUCCUACUGGGAACGUGCAGAGUUAGUUGGUGGCCCUUGGCUAGUGAAACAGACUUGGCAAAGUAAACAGUAUAAUGAAAACACUGAAGGAGAAAUUGUGGAGGAUGAAGACCCAGAAGCAGAGCUCUCUGAUAGUACUGAUGAAGAAAAUGCCUCAGAAGAUCUAGAGAAUCAGGAAACGGAAUUCACAUCAAAUGAGGAGGAAGACCAAAAAUUAGAACAUUUUCACCCAGUAUUUAUUACAAAAAACCAUGUCCUUUGCCAUGAAGUACAAAGAAAUUUUCUGGAGCUAAGCAAAUCUGCAAAGGCAACCAGUAAAUUCAAGCCCAUUGAGCCUAAUGUGUACAAAUUGCAAGAUAUCCAGGAUGAACAUUUCCCUUUGUUCAUCACCUCCCAGCAGCUAAUUCUGUUAUUAGAUGCAUCUAUGCCUGAUCCCUUCUUUCCAAGAAAUGAAGAUGGGAGUCUCAAAAAGAGUAUUGUUGGUUGGUCUACAAUAGAUGACACCGAUAUGCUAGAUUUGUUGAGAGAAGAUAAUGAAAUUGAACCUGACCCUGAAGAUGAGGAAGAAGAAAGAGAUUGUGAGCAAAAAGAGAAGGAUCCUCGCAUUUGUGUUACUUUUGAACUGUUUGCUAAAGAACUGUGGCCAAAUAUGAUCAAGGGAAAGUCUUGUUACAAUGCUGCUCUUGUCUGGAAAGAGAUUAAGUCCUUUUUGAAGGGAUCUUUUGAAGCAUUAGGCUGUCGUCAGGGUAGACUUCCAGAAGAGGAGUACAUUAAACUCGGAAAGAAAAGAGCACCAAACUUUCAAGGAGACCGGAGGGAAAUUUAUCGCCUCUUUUGCUUGUAUGAGCACAUAAAAAACAGUCGGGGAUAUUUUGAUGAAGAGGAUGUCUUGUACAAUUUGUCUUGCAGAUUGUCAAAGCUCGAAGAGCUCCCAUGGUCCAUCCAUGAGCUUUAUGGAGAUGAGAUUCAGGACUUCACCCAGGCUGAGCUUUUCCUACUUAUGAGAUGCAUCAAUGAUCCCAAUUCAAUGUUCCUUACUGGUGACACAGCACAAAGUAUAAUGAAAGGGGUUUCUUUUCGCUUUAGUGAUCUGAGAUCCUUAUUUUAUUAUGCAAAUAAGAAGUGCUCGGAUGACAAGAAAAAAAGCAUUGUUCGUAGGCCAAAACAGUUGUAUCAUCUCUAUCAAAACUAUAGAUCUCAUUCUGGCAUUCUCAACCUGGCUUCUAGUGUGGUGGACCUGUUACAACAUUUUUUCCCUGAAUCGUUUGAUCGUCUUCCGCGUGACUGUGGCCUGUUCGAUGGCCCAAGGCCUACGGUGCUCGACUCCUGCUCAGUUAGUGACUUGGCAUUAUUACUACGUGGGAACAAGCGGAAGACACAGCCAAUUGAAUUUGGAGCUCAUCAGGUGAUCUUGGUGACUAAUGAAAUUGCUAAGGAAAAUAUUCCAGAAGAGUUGAGUCUUGCCUUGGUCCUGACCAUUUAUGAAGCAAAAGGAUUGGAAUUUGAUGAUGUUCUUCUGUAUAACUUCUUUACUGACUCAGAGGCUUCUAAAGAGUGGCGAAUAAUCUCCUCUUUCAUCCCAGUCAUCUCUGCAAAUCAAAACAACCAGCCGCUGAUCGAAGUUCCAUUGGAUGGGGCAUCCCAUCAUUCCACUAGAUCAUUUCCAGUGGAUUUAGAAAUGCACAAGAUUCUGAAUGGGGAACUGAAACAGUUAUAUACAGCUAUCACAAGAGCCCGAGUAAAUUUAUGGAUCUUUGAUGAGAAUCUGGAGAAGCGGGCACCUGCUUUUGACUAUUUCUUGAAAAGCGAUUUGGUCAGUGUUGUUCGGACUGAUGACAGUAAAGAUCUUGACGAUAACAUGUUUGUGAAAACUUCCACCAAGAGCGAAUGGAUUUCCAGGGGAGACUAUUAUGCUAACCACAAGUGCUGGAAGGUUGCUGCUAAAUGUUACCAGAAAGGUGGAGCAGUAGAGAAGGAGAAACUUGCCUUUGCCCAUGAUGAAGUUCUAAAUUUGCAGACCAAAAGUGCAAGUGUAAGGGAAAAACAGCUUGGAUAUCUAAGACUUGCAAAGACAUACUUGGAGUGCCGAGAACCAAAACUGGCUCUGACGUGCCUAAACAAAUCCAAAGAAUUCAGUCUCUGUGCAGAACUUUGCAAGAAAAAUGGAAAGAUUAAGGAUGCAGCAUUCUUCUACAAAAAAGCACAGGAUCAUAAACUUGCUGCUGAGUUGUAUGAGCAGGCUGGGGAAUAUGAAGCAGCACUGAACUUGUACUACCGAGAAAAAAUGUAUGAAGAAGCUGUUUAUGUUAUUGACAGACGCCAAAAGAUGUACCCCAGUGCACCAUUACGGAUAACUGAAAAAAAGUUCUGUUUGGAAGCAGCUGCAAACUUCUUCAGAAAUAGUAAUCUCAAUAAAAUGACUGAAAUGCUCUCUAAACUUGAUGUCGAAGAUCAGUUGGUCUUCCUGAGGAAUCGAAAAUGUUGGACUGAAGCUGCAGAAUUGCUCAAGAGUAACAAUAGAUGUGAAGAAGCAGCAUCUCUCAUGAGAGAACAUGGGAAGUUGUUAGAGGCCGCAAACCUAACAAGAAGAAGAGAAUUUCGAGCAUCGUGUUUGCUUGCAGCAGCACGACGCAGCCUGGCAAAUAAUCAAGACCCUGAUGAGACACUUUUUGAGGCUUUAUGCAUUUUUAAUGAUACAAACAACAAAGUUGAAGCUGCAGAAGCUAUUCUUAUUCAAGGAAUCUUGGAAAAUAGCUUUUACAAAAUAAAAAAUUCAUUUCAUGAAUUUAGGAAUGCCUAUCACCAUGCAGGUGUAGUUGAAUCACUCUUUCAUGCAUUAACCUGUGAAGAAUCACAUCCAAAACUGCUGUUCAUGGCUUCAUGUGGAUUAGAGCUUCUGCUACAACUAGUAAAAUCGCUCAAGGAAACAAGAACCAAUGCAGACAGGGAAAUGGUAAAGUCCUGCCUAGAUUUUUAUGGAGUUGUGCAGUUGGAAGAACAACAGUGCUCUAUUCUGGAACAUGAGGGGGCAAGAUUUUCUCAGAUUGAAACAGAGCAGGGUAGUGAACAUACAGAGCUGAAGGAUGUUAAGCUAUUGCUGGUAAAACACCUUUUAAAAAGGCUACACAAAAUUUCUACCAAGAUUCUUGAAAAGGGUUGUGCUGGUAUCUGUAGCAAUUUCAUUGUAGGUCUGGUGUGUGAUGAUGAGAACUGCUCAAAUGCCCACCAGCCUCUACAGCAUUUCAACUUGAAAGAUUUGUUGAGGUGCAAGAUGAAUUUAAUAACUAUCUCUGGAUUGUUAAUUGAAGCACAGAAGCUCAGUUACGACUUGUCUGAAGAGUUCCAAACAACUGGUAAGACUUAUGGAUUUAAAUACUGUGAGUCUCUUUUAAACUCUGUGUUUGCUAAACAUUUCCAUAUGCGUAUCCUUUUCGAAAAUCCCAGAAAGUGCAGUGAGAUCUUAUUCAACAUUUCAGUGCCAGCUAAAACAAUGCUAACCAUGUUUCUUAAAUCACUUUUGAUACAAAGUAAACGAGAUCGAAGAGAAUCAACCGACCUUUGGAUACAAAUAAUGCAGAUUUGUAGCUUAUUAUCACAAUAUCCAGAUGUUCUGCAACGCUACCUACAUGAAGAAGAGGUACAAUAUGAAAGUGAAUAUGAAAAACAGAACAAAGUGAAUGAUUCACAAGGAGAUGGCAAAAGAGUUCGAUAUUUAGAGGGCAGGCAAGGUAUGUUAAAACCUGAUACCUCUGGUGACUUGUCACAAAUGCCUCACGUCCAUUUUUUUAGGCUACUGCAAGCUUCUGUGGAUGAACUGUACAUCAACAAAAAUCCAGAUGGAUGCAAAAGAUAUUUUUACAGAUUUAUGAAUUUUGUAGUGAAGAAAUGUAUUGAACCUUUCAUACCCAACAUUGGAAAUACUGUGAUGUUGCUAGAAUUCCAGUUGAUUUUCUGCUGUGCAGUACUGAUGAGAUUUUCUACUUGUACUGUGCUGCUUCCAAAGAGUUACAUUUCCAUUCUCCACUUCUGGGAAACCUUGUUUAGAAAGAAAAAUUCACUGAAGGACACAUAUUCAAUUUUGUGGGAAUAUAGACCCAAGGAUGUAGGUCGGCUUACAGCACACUUCCAGUAUCAUCUUACUUAUCUUGCUUCUGUCCUUUGUGGUCAUGCAAAUGCUGAGUUCAAUGUUCUUUUAGAUGCUUUUAAAUGUGUGGAUUACAUUUCUUCGGGAGAAGCUGAAAGAAGCCUGGUGUUUUACUUGGUAAUGAUGGUGAACCUUCAGGGUGUUGUCAGUGAAAAAGCAAAGCCAAUACUUAGAAAGAAUAUCCCACAACUACAGAAGAAUAUUAAAGAUCUUCAAAAGGAAUUUCCACUGCUAAUUCCUGGACGAUUAGUCAGUGCUGUGGACAGAGUGACCUCAACUGAUAAGGAAGAAGAUCUAAUCGACCUUCUUCAGAAUUUACUGGAACAGCGUGAUGAUGAGCGCCUAGUAGAAUGCUCAUGGAGAUGGGACACAAACUAUGUCAAAGGGCACAUUCGUGGUAUUUUCUUUGAUGACAAAUUCAAGUAUAGAAAACAUGGCAGUUUUCAGCAAAAGGUACAUGAUUUCAAGCCUACUUACAUGGAGCCUGAACAAGACUUUGAAGAUGAGAAAGCUGAUCUAUUGGUAACUGUGGCUGCUCAAGUACGGAAACAAACGGCUCGUCGAAAAAUAAAUAUGCUGUUUCUUUUUGCAUGCAUCUAUACAAAGUGGAAAAAAGCUUGCAGAAACAAGUUGCAAAAACACAUGGAAGAAUCUAUUCCAGACAAUUUUAAAAUUGCAAAUGUUGACAAAACUCAGUGUGACUUGUGUGGAGUAAAAUUUUCUAAAGCAGUGGGGGUUUCUGACCCAUCUGAAAUAGAAGAUGACUUGGAAGAAGUUGCAGCUUCAACCAUGACACCUAUUGAACUGGAAAUCCCUAGGAUACAGAGCUUAAAUGAAGGUUAUGAAGAUCACAUACUCCUUGAAAAACAUAGACAGCAAAGCAAAGCUUAUGAGCAAUAUCUUCUUUUUUUUAAAUUUGAAGUGGAUGUGGUGAUCAAUGAAGCAAAGUCUCUUGUUCAAACAAUGGACACAAAAUCAAAAACAAAACUAACAUCACAUGAGGAGUUUCAUCUUGUACAGACUAAGAUUGAGAACAAAAUGAAAAUUGUUGCUGAUUUGGUGGAACAUAUCUAUGAGCACAAAACCUGGUCUCAAGCUGAAGAAUUAUUGAAGAAUCCAGUGAAUGAUUUAAGGGCCAGCAUUUAUGAAGGUCUUGAAUUGCUGAAGAAACCUGAGCAGCAGCCCUCAAAAACAUCAGGGAUUCUAGAAGAAUAUGAAUUAGACUAUGGAGACUUUGAAGAACUCUGUAGCAAGAAAACAAAGAGAGCCAAAGCGAAAAGCUAAACGACAUUGAUUCUGCUGAUUCUUUACCCAAGCAUAAUGGCUGUUUGAAAUAUAAACAAAUCACUGGAGGCCUUUUGUGCCACAAAAACAACCAUAUUGUGUUGAAAAGCAAUUAACUCUUAAAAUUCGAAGUUCCGGAUAAUGAACUUGGAAGACCCAAAUAUUACACAGAAGUAGUUGGUUAGGAGGCUAGUUAUGGGUUUUAAUAAGUUAACAAGUUUAACUGUGAUAUUUUAAUUUUUGUUUACCAGGGGAUGCGAUUUGAUAUUUAACUGAGCAAUGUUGGCAUUUGUAUUAAAGCCUCAUCAGCCUGAAAUACUUUGAAAUGGUAACAUUUACUAAAAAUCAGUUUAUUAAAUCUUAAUAAAGCACAUUAUUUUAUUAUGUUAGAUCACUUGUGAUAUUGCACUUAAGUAUGUAUAAUGCCAAUGUUUAUGUUGCAUUAAGCAAUUGAAAACAAUAAUUUGAGUCAGUUAUGGGAUAAUCUCAAAUUAUUGUAGACUUUUUCAAAUUUCUCAUUUAUUUGUUUAUAUACGUAUGAUAAGGAUGUAAAAAUGAGAAGAA